CUGCGGCAGAUUUGCCUCAUUCCGAGCCCACUUCCUCUUUCCCUCUCGGCAGUCCUAGCGAUGGAGAAUUCAUCGGGCCGUGUUGUCGUGACGAUGGUCACCAUAGCGACAGUUUCCUCGACGUCAUUCCGGAUCCGGAAGGCUCCGAGAGAGAGCUUUCACCGGGGAACGGGAAUGAGACCGCACCAGAGGCAUCCUUGUCAGAGGCCAGUUCUCAGGAUAUUGAGAGCGACUUUAACCUGAUGGUCACUGAAUCUGAGAGUGGCGAAGAGGAAACUCUACUACCAAUUAAGAGGCCCAGGGAGGGGGCGGAGCUUGUUGUUAAUCGCCAUGUUGACGGCAGUUGUCAUGGUGAUGUCGGGAACCAUGGCAAUAGGGUGAGGUGGGACGAGUGUACUUUAAACCGGAGUCCACCAGUUAAUGUUCCUCCUGGUGUCUCACUUGCCGAAACGGUAGAGCGGAUGGCACAGUCAGAGCAGUCUGGGCCCCCGGGGGUCAAAAUUUGCCCCCCUCCUCUGAAAACGAUUCGUCCCCUCAGGGGCCCCCCUAGUGUGUCUCAGCUGAUGGCCACGGCAACUCACUAUGGUGUCUCUUACACCGUAAACCCCGCCCCCUUCUACAGCAGACCUGCCGACACCCACCCUCCUAGAGAAGUCAAUGGAAGAGCAGUCAAAAUCCCUUCAAAAAUGGUGAGCGACCUCCCCGAAGCUGAGCCCAUUGUUCUGGAAGAAGGGAAGGAAGGGGUUAAACGUAGUGCCACGCCUCUUUCUGCAACUGGAUUACGUCAUUGGCAAACUGUACUGAGCAUGCUCAAUGAUGAUUCACAUUUGACCGAAGCCGUAACGUCAACCCCACCCCACUCCCCUCAGGAACCAAAGACCACUCUAACACCACUGCAAACCACAUACCAUGGAAAUUUUAACCCUACUGAAAAGAAACUAAUAUUAACCCCUUUGCACCCACCACCGCAUCCCCGGGAAAUAAAAAAAUGGAUUAAUGAAAAAAUCGCUGCAAAGCAGAGAAAAAGUGAAAGUAAAAAAAGUGCUGAAAAUGAAAGUUUAUUGGAGGGGCAAACUCAUCAAGACUCUAAUCAACCUGUCAACGUAACUUUAACCCCUGUGUCACUGAAAAAAGACACGUCCCAGCUGGAAGGACCGACGCCUCAGAACCCAUGUGGAUUCAAAAUCAGCCAAUCAGCUCUUGCCACGUCAUCCGACACACACGAGUAUCUCACGGCGAUGAGUGUUGAACUCCAUGUAAGGACACGAGGGAGUCUGAGACCGGAUCCGGAAUGGGACCCAGUUUUGACACUCUUCUAUUACAUACACCAUGACUAUCCCCAUUCAAAUUUUGACGGGCAAUCAGCAAAAUUUUUCCAGAAGGACCUACAGGGAGUGGUUGCUAUUGACAUCAAGAAUUGUGGUUUCCAGGCGAUACAUGUUUCCAGGGAGACGAAGAAAAAUUCAUCACCACGGAAACAGCCGAACAACUCACCAAAUAAAAAGCCACUUGUUGAUUCAAACUCACCAAUCACAACACCAGACAAGAAAAUGCCCCGAAAAAUUAACGUCCAUUUCUGCCGGUCCAGGAGGUCAAAGUUCACAGACUACCAGGGGUUACCUGAGUGGGUGUGUGAGUGGGGAAGGUGUGGAGGUGACUUACGUGAGCAGUGAGAGUGAGCUUUUUGAGCAGCUUGUCUCUGUUGUACGCAGGCACGAUCCAGAUAUCUUGUUGGGUUAUGAUGUCACGAUGAUGUCGUGGGGAUACCUCAUUGACAGGGCUGCUGUUUUGAAUUCGAAUCUGACCAAUCAGAUUUCUAGAACACCUCACCAGCCAGAUCAAAAGCCAAAUGUUGACAGGGCCGAUUCCGGUUCCAGAACGAGACCCAAGUCCUCGUCGGGGGGAGUCCAGAUUCCAGGUCGGAUCGUGGUGAGCGUUUGGCGACUGCUGAGGAAGGAACUGGCGCUAACCAGCUACUCCUUCGAGAGCACAUUCUUUCAGGUGAUGCACCAGCGGAUUCCCAUGUUUCCGUUCCAGACUCUGACCCAGUGGUAUGAGAAUGGGACACUUGCCAAGAGGGCUGAAGUGGUGGAUUAUUACAUGCUGCGUUGUCACGGAAACUAUCAGAUGCUGGAGAAACUGAACGUGAUUGGUCGGACGAGUGAGUUUGCUCGUCUCUAUGGCAUAGAGUUUGAGAACGUUCUGACCAGAGGCUCACAGUAUAGAGUGGAAUCGAUGCUACUGAGACUAGCAAAACCAGCCAACUAUAUCGCCACUUCUCCAAGCAUCCAGCAGAGAGCAAGAAUGGCGGCUCUGGAGUGUCUGCCGCUGAUUCUGGAACCGGAAUCGAAAUUCUACUCGGACCCAGUCCUGCUCCUGGAUUUCCAGUCCCUGUAUCCGUCCAUCGUCAUUGGUUACAACUACUGCUACACCACCUGUCUUGGGCGACUGAGAAACCUGGUCUUACAUGGUAACUUCACGUUUGGAACAACAACUCUCAAAUUCAAAGCUCAUGUUUUGAAGAAAGUGAAGGAUAAAGUAACAAUCUCGCCGAAUGGAGUGGUUUUUGUUGACCCCACUGUCAGGAGAGGGGUCAUGCCCAGAAUGUUGGAAGAGAUUCUGAGCACGAGAAUCAUGGUGAAAGGAUCGAUGAAGAAGCAUGCAGCUGAUAAAGCAUUAAAUAGAAUGCUGGAUGCACGUCAGAUGGGUCUGAAACUGAUAGCCAAUGUAACCUACGGCUACACAGCUGCAAGUUUCUCUGGCCGGAUGCCGUGUGUGGAGGUGGCCGACAGCAUCGUUGGCAAGGCGAGAGAAACGCUGGAGAGAGCGAUAAAACUCAUCUCGGCUACCAGAGAGUGGCGGGCGAGAGUUGUCUACGGAGCCACUGAUAGUGUGUUUGUGUUGCUGAAAGGAGCUUCCAAAGAAGAAGCUUUUAGAAUUGGGAGAGAGAUCUGUGAUAGGGUCACCGCCGACAACCCAAAGCCCAUCAAACUCAAAUUUGAAAAGGUCUACUACCCGUGCAUCCUUCAGACCAAGAAUCGUUACUGUGGAUACAUGUACGAGACCCCGGACCAGACAGAACCCGUUUACGACGCCAAAGGCAUCGAGACUGUCCGCAGAGACACCUGUCCUGCUGUUGCCAAGGUCCUCGAAAAGUCUCUCUCGCUUCUCUUCUCGACCUUUGACCUCUCGCAAGUCAAGUCAUACGUCCAGAGACAGCUGACAAAGCUGCUGGACGGACACGUCUCGUUACAAGACCACAUUUUGGCCAAGGAGUACAGGGGAAGGGGGAAGUAUCGGCCGUCUGCAUGCGUCCCCGCCCUUGAGCUGGCUCGUAGGGGCGUGGCCACCGACCCCCGGGCGGAGCCACGCCCGGGAGAGAGGGUCCCGUACGUUGUGGUGUACGGUCACCCGGGGCAACCUCUUAUACAGUUGGUGCGGCCACCACUAGAGGUCGCAAAGGACCCCACCCUUAGGCUAAACGGAGUCUAUUACAUCACCAAACAGGUUUUACCAGCUCUGGACCGGGCACUGUCCCUGUUAGGCGUGGAUGUAUACCAGUGGUACAGAGACUUGCCCCGAGUAAUUAGAGCACCACUUCCUGCUAUACAGGAAACGGGAGACAGGAAAUUGAAAGUGAAAACUUGUUCUUCUAAUGCAAGGCUGUUCACGUUUGUCUAUUUGCAGGGAACUCUGGGGCAGUACUUUGCCACUGUUCAUUGUCCGAUUUGCAACGAGUUGACAAACGAGGGGCUGUGUUCUAGUUGUCGUGGAAACCCGCAGUUGGUAGCCACCGUGCUGAGUCGGCAAAUUCACGACAUUGAGUCCGCCCACCAUUCGGUUACCAUGUUAUGUCACAGCUGUACAAGAACCCCAGAUCCAUCCAUACCCCAUCAGUGUGUCUCUCUGGACUGCCCCGUCUUGUACCGUCGUCUGCACACUCACCACACCCUCCAAACCCUCCCCAACCUCACCAGACUCCUAGACCACACCACUCUCUCUAAAUCACCAUAGCAACCAAACUAUCACUGUAACAACUGAAUCACCAUCAGUCACCAUAAUAUCGCAAAGAUCACCAUUUUUAUUAAUGACUGUCUCAGUCACAAUAGCAACUAAAUGUCACAGUUUUCGGCCUUGUAAAUCACCAUGAACACAAUCACAACGACAGUAUUGAAAAGUGCAACGGUGUGUUUUAAGAGAUAUAAGAAGUGAACGCAAAAAAAUUAAAAAAGUGCAUUUUGUGUGUAUAUAAUAUACAAGAGAAUAAGAAAGUGCAUGAACGCGAAAAAAAGUUAUAGAAAAGGCAAAGUGCAGUGAAAAUGAACAUAAAAAGUUGCAGAGCAUGUACAAGAGAAUAAGAAACUGAACAGGAAAUGUUAGUUAAACUGCACUCUCUCCCUGGUUGAAAUGAAGGUCCAAGAUGAAAUGGCCGUCUCUAGUUGGCCCACCGUCCUCUUCAACCACUGCCACGUUCUCCAGACUUUGGAUGAAUAUCGAAUCCCGCGGACACUCCAACUCAUCCUCUCUGCUGGAGGGACUGGAGCUCCGUUCCUCUCUCUCCCUCAUCAGAUCGACGACCUCCUCGGCGGUGUGACCCCCUCCACUCGACACUCUGCGGGGGGCCAGCCCCCCUAAUUUGGACGAUAUGCUCCCAGCAAGACUGGACAGACUGACUCGUGACCU